GCAUCAAGAGGCUUUGGUGCAAUUGCCCUUGUUCGGUUGCUGCUCACGGCCUCCAUCUCAAUGCUUAUCACUUGCAAUAAACGACAUGUAACUUAUAUAUUAUCAAUACAAACCGACUUACACUCUAGCUUCGUACAUAUCCAAACUGACAUGUACAUUACGUAUUUCAAAAUGUGAAGACGGUGUUGUUUUGUCUUUUAAGACUUUGUUUAUCUACCUCCCAAAAACAAAACAGAGCACAUAACACAGGAAACGUAAACAAUGGUGAUUCUACUAUCUUUCAUCUUGCUUAUAUUAUUUCUAGUUUUCUUCUCAUUAAUUUACACCAAGAAGAUCAAAGACUCGAAGCAGAAUCUACCUCCAAGUCCACCAAAGCUUCCGUUCAUCGGAAACCUACACCAGCUCCAAGGACUGCUUCACAGACGUCUUCACGAUCUCUCCAAGAAACAUGGGCCCGUGAUGCUUCUCCACCUAGGGUUCGUCCCAAUUCUCGUAGUCUCAUCGAGUGAAGCAGCUGAAGAAGUUCUCAAAACCCAUGACCUAGAGUGCUGUACACGCCCCAAGGCUCUCGGCAUGCAGACCUUUUCUCGCAACGGUAAAGACAUUGGUUUCGCGUCAUACGGCGAGGAGUGGAGAGGGCUGCGGAAACUCGCUGUUCUUGAGUUCUUCAACGCGAAGAAGGUACAAUCUUUUAGGUAUAUAAGAGAGGAAGAGAAUGACUUGACGGUCAAGAAACUAACGGAAUCAGCUUUGAAGCAUUCUCCGGUGGAUCUGAGCAAAACCCUUUUCUCUUUAACUGCGAGUAUCGUAUUCAGAUCAGCCUUUGGACAGAACUACUUCGAAAGCAAGCGGAUCAGUAAGGAAAAGAUCGAAGAGUUGAUGUUUGAAGCUCUUGCAAACAUGUCUUUCAAGUUCAGUGACUUCUUCCCUGUUGCUGGUAUUGGAUGGUUCAUAGACUUUGUGUUAGGAGAACAUAAGAGACUUUAUAACGUUUUUCUAGAGGUAGAUACUUUUGUGAGGAAAGUGGCUGAUGAUCACAAGCAUGGAGUCACAACUCCAGAUCGUCCUGAUAUUGUCGAUGUGAUGUUGGAUAUGAUAGAGAAACAAGAACAUGAUGAGUCUUUCAAGCUCACAACUGAUCAUCUCCAUGGAGUCAUCUCAGAUCUAUUUCUUGCUGGAGUAGACACAAGUGCCAUCAUCAUGAUUUGGGCGAUGGCAGAGCUCAUUAGAAACCCAAGAGUGAUGAAGAAAGCUCAAGACGAGAUUCGAACAAGUAUUAGAAUCAAACCACAAGAGAGACUUGCGGAAGAAGAUCUUGACAAAGUACAUUACUUGAAGCUUGUGGUGAAAGAAACCUUAAGACUACACCCAGCUGCUCCUUUGUUACUCCCAAGAGAGACAAUGAGUCCAAUAAAGAUUCAAGGCUACGAUAUUCCUCCCAAAACCCUUGUUAUAGUAAACGCAUGGGCGAUAGGACAGGACCCUAAACACUGGAUGAAUCCAGAAGAGUUUAUCCCGGAGAGGUUUAUGGAUUGUCCUGUGGACUACAAAGGACAUAGCUUUGAGAUGUUACCUUUUGGUUCUGGUCGUAGGAUGUGUCCAGGGAUGGCUUUUGGGAUUGCGACUGUUGAGUUAGGACUCUUGAAUUUGCUUUACUUCUUUGACUGGAAAUUGCCAGAGGAGAGUAAAUGUAUGGACAUGGAAGAAUCUGGUGAUGUCACAAUUGUUAAGAAAACUCCUCUUGAGCUUGUUCCUAUGCUUAGGCCAAAGAAUCUUCAAGAACGAGCACAUGAAGUGUGAGAAAAAAACAAAAAAAAAGUGUUUCUUGUAGUAAAGGAUCUUGGGUUCAAACCUGAUACCUUUAUAGUCAUGUCAAACCAACACUACAAGUUUCUGAUGUACUCCAGGAUUGGUUCUCCUAGUACUUCUACUUUUCCUACUCACUUGUAAUAUGUGCUAAACCGCUAAAGUAACAAAACAUGGUUUGUUGGCAUAAAACGUCUUUUUUGUCCAAAUAUAUUCUCUAGUUAACGGUCGACACUGGUUUAAGAAAGCCAAAUCAGUGGUAUAGAAUCAAGAUAUAAUACAAUAGUUGCAGAACUCCGAGCAGUGGCGGAGGCAGUAAAUUCUUUUACAUGGGUCAGUUUGAUAACAAAUGUGUUUUAUAUAAGUCAGGAAGCUAAUUACUUCUGAAUUUUCUUUACAAAAUAGAGGGAAUUUUUAUUUU